UCUCUGUCUCUCUCUCCUGAAGCACUCCCUCCCUUCGUUCCCGCGCUCCGCGCUGAAGAUGACACCUCUAAUUUCGAGGAGCGCGAGAAGCCCCUGUCCCGGCCGGCGGCAGCUCGGCGAGAACCCCCUCGAUCAGGAUCCCCUGGCGACGACCUGCCGGUUCUAGGCUGGCUCUACAGCAGGACCCUGACACCGCUGCCCAGGGCCGAAUCAGUAGGCACGGCCCUCAACUCUCCAGCAAAGACCAACUCCAUGGAAAAAAAGCUUCAAAUUAAAAACAAAGAACUACAAGAAACGCAAGACAAAUGUCAUAAGAUGGAGCAGGAAAUCUCCCGGUUCCAGCGCAAGAUGUCUGACCUGGAGUCAGUGCUGCAGCAGAAGGAUGUGGAACUGAAGGCCUCUGAGACUCAGAGGACCAUCCUGGAGCAGGACCUGGCUACCUACAUCACAGAAUGUAGUAGUCUGAAGCGCAGUCUGGAGCAGGCUCGGAUGGAGGUGUCUGAGGAGGAUGAUAAAGCUCUGCAGCUGCUGCAUGACAUCCGGGAGCAGAGCAGCAAGCUGCAGGAGAUCAAAGAGCAGGAGUACCAUGCACAGCUGGAGGAAAUGCAGGUGGUCAUCAGGACUCUGGAGGAGGACCUGUCUGCGGCACGUCGCCGCAGCGACCUGUAUGAGGCAGAGCUGAGGGAGUCCAGGCAAACCAGCGAGGAGCUGAAGAGGAAGGCGGUGGAUUACCAGCAGAGGAUCCAGAAGGCCAAAGAGCAGGGAAAGGCUGAGGUGGAGGAGCUGCUCUGUAAACUGGAAAAGAACAAUGCAGAACAACAGGCAAAAAUACAGGAGCUGCAAGACAAACUUGCCAAGGCGGUGAAGGCGAGCACGGAGGCGACGGAGCUCCUGCAGAACGUCCGCCAGUCCAAAGAGCGCCUGGAGCGGGAGGUGGAGCGCCUGCGGAACAAAGCCGACCCCAGCGACACUCUCCGCCGGCGCCUGCGAGAGACCGAGGAGGGAAGAAAGUCCCUCGAGAACCAGGUGAAGAGGCUAGAGAUGGUGGAACGCAGGGAGAACAAGCUAAAGGAUGACAUCCAGACCAAAUCCCAGCAAAUUCAGCAGAUGGCGGAUAAGAUCCUGGAGCUGGAGGAGAACCUGCGUGAAACUCAGGCCACCGCCCAGCGGAUGGAGGCUCACCUGGUUCAGAAGGAGAGGCUGUAUGAGGAUAAGAUCAAGGUUCUGGAGGCUCAAAUGAAGGUGGACAUGGCUGACAAGGAGGUGCUGGAGUCCAAACGGACCAAACAGGAGGAGGAAGUCCAGGAGAAGGGCAAGGUCAUCAGUGAGCAGCAAGCGACCAUCAAUGCCAUGGACUCAAAGAUGAAGAGCCUUGAACAACGGAUUGCUGAGCUUUCAGAGGCCAACAAGCUGGCAGCCAACAGCAGCAUCUAUACACAGCGUAACAUGAAAGCCCAGGAGGAGAUGAUUUCAGAGCUGAGACAGCAGAAAUUCUACCUGGAGUCACAGGCUGGCAAGCUGGAGGCCCAGAAUGCUAAGCUGGAGGAACACCUGGAGAAAAUGAGCCAACAGGAGCAGAACAAGAAGAGCCGUCUGCUAGAGCUGGAGACCAGGUUGAGAGAGAUCGGCCUGGAGCAUGAGGAGCAGAAGCUGGAGAUCAAGCGGCAGGUCACGGAGCUGACGCUGUCACUGCAGGAGCGUGAGGCCCAGAUCACCGGGCUGCAGGCUGCAAGGGGAGUCCUCGAGGCUCAGCUGCAGCAGGCCAAGACCGAGCUGGAGGAGACAACCACGGAGGCCGAGGAGGAGAUCACUGCACUCAGGGCUCACAGAGAUGAGAUUCAGCGGAAAUUUGAUGCGCUCAGGGACAGCUGCUCGGUAAUCACCGACUUGGAGGAGCAGCUGACACAGUUGACCCAGGAGAACGCAGAGCUGAAUCGGCAGAACUUCUACCUGUCGAAGCAGCUGGACGAGGCGUCGGACGAGAGCGAGGACCGCCUACAGCUCAGCCAGGAGGUGGACCGUCUGCGCAGGGAGGUUGCCGACCGCGAGAUGCACCUCAACAACCAGAAACAGAACAUGGAGACCCUGAAGACCACAUGCUCCAUGCUGGAGGAGCAGGUGCUGGAGCUGGAGACCCUGAACGAUGAUCUGAUGGAGAAGGAGAGGCAGUGGGAGGCCUGGCGCGGGGCCCUGGAAGAUGAGAAGAACGAGGCUGAGAGGAGAGUCAGGGACAUGCAGAGACUGCUGGAUAAUGAAAAGCAGAACAGGCUGCGUGCGGAACAGCGCAAUUCUGAGUCUCGGCAGGCGGUGGAACUGGCAGUGAGGGAGCACAAGGCUGAGAUUGUGGCCCUGCAGCAAGCCCUGAAGGAGCAGAAGUUAAAGGCUGAAAGCUUGUCUGAUACACUAAAUGACCUGGAGAAGAGACACGCCAUGCUAGAGAUGAAUGCCCGCAGCCUGCAGCAGAAGCUGGAGACGGAGAGAGAUCUCAAGCAGAGACUGCUAGAGGAGCAAGGUAAGCUGCAGCAGCAGAUGGAUCUGCAGAAGACGCACAUUUUCCGCCUGACGCAGGGCCUGCAGGAGGCGCUAGACCAGACCGACCUGCUCAAGACCGAGCGCACUGACCUGGAAUAUCAGCUGGAGAACAUGCAGGCGGUAUACUCCCAUGAGAAGUUAAAGAUGGAAGGCACCAUCUCCCAGCAGACCAAACUCAUUGACUUCCUCCAGGCCAAGGUGGACCAGCCCUCGAAAAAGAAGAAGGGAAUUUUUGGGCGUCGACGAGAGGACCUGGCAGGUGGGGUCGCAGGUGCGGCUGGAGGCGGACCCCCGAGUGGGGGUAUGGGCAGUCCAGGGGGCACCCCCACCCAGGUGCCCAUGCAGUACAACGACAUGAAGAUGGCGCUGGACAAGGAGCGGGCGCGCUGCUCCGAGCUGGAGGAGGCCCUUCAGAAAAUGCGCAUCGAGCUGCGUUCUCUGAGGGGGGAUGGGGUGCACUUCAAAGCCCCAGAGCACAGUGGGCCGUCCACCCCAGCCCUGGCCCGCUCGCAGGCCCUCAUGUCCUCCAUAAAGUCCCCAGAGCGCCAGUCCAGCCCCAGCAGCCUGCUGGCGCCCUCCAACUCCGCCCGCAGGAAAGAAACGGCCACGCCCGAGGAGAAAAGGAGGGUCACUUUUGAAAAGUACGCACGGCGUGCGAAGGAGAGGACCCACCACAGCAGUCCACACCGCUUUACCGUGGGGCUCAACAUGAGAGCCGCCAAGUGCGCUGUGUGCCUGGAUACAGUGCACUUUGGCAGGCAGGCUGCCACCUGUCCAGAAUGUCACGCUCUCUGCCACCCAAAGUGCUCCCCCUGCCUCCCGGCCACGUGUGGUCUGCCUGCUGAAUACGCCCUUUCUGAGGGCCCAUCUCGUGACAAGGCCAAUGGCACCGCCCCGCAGACCAAAGAGGCCAGCGGGCACGUGAGGCUGGAGGGUUGGAUGAAGCAACCCAGGAACGGGAAGCGAGGCCAGCAGGGUUGGGAGAGGAAGUAUGUGGUUCUGGACGGGACCAAGAUGUCCAUCUACGAGACGGAACCCAGAGAAGACACGGUGAAGCCGCAGGAGGAGUUUGAGCUCUGUCUGCCAGACGGGGAUGUGACCGUCCAUGGAGCAGUCGGAGCAUCGGAACUGAUCAACACGGCCAAGUCAGACAUCCCCUAUGUGCUGAAGCUGGAGUCGCACUCUCACACCGCCUGCUGGCCGGGGCAGUCCCUGUACUUCAUGGCGCCGAGCUUCCCGGACAAACAGCGCUGGGUGGCUGUGCUGGAGUCAGUGGUGGCCGGGGGGCGGGGCUCCCGAGAGAAGGCAGAGGCUGACGCCGCUGGGGUUUCCAAAAGACAGAAGACUCUGUCCCCUCUGGUUCAGAAACUGCUGGGAAACUCGCUGCUGAAGCUGGAAGGGGAUGACCGGCUGGACAUCAACUGCACCCUGCCUCUCACCGACCAGAUAGUUCUGGUGGGCUCAGAGGAGGGCCUGUAUGCGCUGAAUGUGAUAAAGAACUCCCUGAUCCACCUGCCAGGACUCCGCUCCGUCUUCCAGAUCCAUAUUCUGAAGGAACACGACAGCCUGCUUAUGAUCACAGGGCCAGAGAGAGCACUGUGUAUGCUUGAGAUUAAGAAAGUGAAGCAGUGUCUGUCCCAGGCCCACCUCCCUGCACAGUCCGAGCUCUGUCCCUACAUCUUCGAGACAGUCAAAGGCUGCCAUCUCUUCGCCGCCGGAAAGAUCGAGGGCGCCGCCUGCAUCUGCGCUGCGCUGCCCAAUAAGAUCAUCAUCCUGCGUUACAAUGACAGCCUCAACAAGUUCUGCAUCAGAAAGGAGAUUGAGACGUCAGAGCCCUGCAGCUGCAUCCAUUUCACAGGGUACAGCAUCAUCAUCGGCACCAACAAGUUCUACGAGAUCGAGAUGAAGCAGUACAUCCUGGAGGAGUUCCUGGACAAAAACGACGUGACGCUAGCAUCCGCGGUGUUCGCUGCGGCGACACACAGCUUCCCCAUCUCCAUCAUGCAGGUGAACAGCGCCCCCCAGAGGGAUGAGUACCUGCUCUGCUUCCACGAGUUCGGCCUGUUUGUGGAUGCGUAUGGCCGCAGAAGCCGCAGCGAGGACAUCAAAUGGAGCCGGCUGCCUCUGUCGUUUGCCUACAGGGAGCCUUACCUGUUUGUGACAUAUUUCAACUCCCUGGACGUCAUUGAAAUCCAGGGACAUGGAGCUCUUGGACCCCCUGCCCACGUUCAUCUGGAUAUUCCCAACCCACGCUACCUGGGCCCGGCCAUCUCCUCAGGGGCAGUGUACCUGGCCUCGUCCUAUCAGAACAAGCUGAGGGUGAUCUGCUGCAAGGGUAACCUGGCCCGAGAGACUGGGGAACUGCAGAGGACUGCCUCCAGCAGGAGCAGUCCCAAUAAGCGGGGCCCCCCCACCUACACAGAGCACAUUUCCAAGCGGCUGGCAUCAUCCAGUCCCGGGUCACAAGAUGGGGGCCUGCACCGUGAGCCCAGCACCCCGCACCGUUACCGUGAGGGCCGCACUGAGUUCCGGCGGGACAAGUCACCCGCCCGUCCACUGGACCGGGACAAGUCCCCAGGCAGGGGGCUGGACAGCCGUCGUGAGAGGUCCCCUGGAAGGAUGUUCGAGGACAGGCCCCGCCUCCACACAGGCUCUGUUCGCACGCCCCUCACACCUGUCAACAAGGUGUGGGAUCAGUCUUCUGUCUGAGUGACACAUCCAUUGCAUCGUCCAGUUGGAGUAGAGAUAUGACCUCAUCCCUGCCCUUAAGCCCAACCACACUAUACUCCUGUGUCCCUGCAAGACUUGCCCUAAAUGCACGAGGCAGAUCACAGAUAUUCUAUUACAAGAUAUUCAGUUCUAUCAUUACUUCCAUCCUCCAUCUGGGAGGUACUGGUUGGGAAAUGGAGGUUCCAGUGCUGUCUGUGUUACUGUGUUACAAGAAUAUUUGUAAUGAGCCAGCAAACUAGAACACUUGCAGCUUCAGCAAUGACGGAGACAAGAAUGUUCAAUGUGACAUGCACUGAGCUGAUUAUCUGGUACACGUAUGAAGAAAUCUGUGGUCAGAUUGACAUGGGACCUCAUUUUAGGAGCCUAGUGGAAGUGCCUGUAUAAAAAAAUACACUGCCUGUACAAAACAUUACAUUUUACUUUACUUUAGAUUUUGUCAUUUAGCAGACACUCUUAUCCAGAGCAAUUUAUAAGGAAAGAGGACAAAGUUCAUCUAAUGAAGUUACAUUAAUGAGUUAACAACAGCUGUAGGGUUGGGUUGUUAGCUGAUUGUAACAGAGUAACAUCUAAUGAGCUAAUGAGUAGAAAGGACAUCUAUGGCUUCAGAGAGCAGCUGCCCCCAACCCCCAUCUGCCAUGACUGGCAGAGUGGCACGAGCAUGCACACACUUCUUGAAUGGCUCCUGAAGCGAGGGUCAUGUGACAAUCCACCUUGUUCCCUUUGAUUAUAGUCCUUCAGCAUUAUAUAAGGACAUAGCCACAGGCUACUUCAAAGCAUUUGCCGUUAUGAUACGAUUUUUGCUCCGUGUUCCUGGAUUUCGGGGACACACAUGCAAACAUCUAAUUGCUCUAUCCCACGUGCACGUGUGUGUGUGUGUGUGUAUUCAUCAGGAAAUCCCAGACCUGUCCUAUCCCAGACCACAAGAGAUGGCUUACGUUCAAAAGGAGAGAAUCUUCAUAGUGCUGCUUCGCCCAAAUUCUGUAAAUAGGCUUUACUCUGGUUUUUAUAGACACUAAAGGGAGUAUGAGGCUGGCAAAGCCGCGUCUAUUUUUAUUAAAAAAUAAAGAUAGUGUUUCUAAUGUGUGAUCUGAAUGUUGUACCAUUGAGAAGAGAAUCAACCACCCAGAAACGCCGUGGAUCCUUUUACCUCUCUGUCACAGUAGCGAACGCUGCUCCUUCAUACGAGGCAUCCUGUGUUCUACCUGGGCCACUUUUGCCAGUGAUUAGGCUAAUAGUGUUUGGUUUAUACUGCUUUUCAGUGGAUUCAACCAUUAAGUUUUGCUACAAGCUUCAAUGUAUUGUACAAAUAGUCUAAAAUAUUAAUGUUUUUUUAAAGAGUAAGGGUGACGCACUGAGCAAUGGCACUAGGUGAAAAAAUAAAAAGGAAGUCAACUCAACAGCACCACCUGCAGCUUCCUGUAUCCUUGCUGUUUCAGUACAAGAUGUCCUGCUCACUGAUGUUCCCCAGCCCUUGGGUUUUUUUGAAUUUUCUGCAGUACCUUUGAUAAAAUCUCACUUCUGCAGCACCACGGUAUUUAUAGAUUGACUUUAUUUUGGAGUUAAAAUGGUGACCACUUGUAAAAGGGCGCUGCCCUCGUAUGAAGCAUGUCUCAUCUCACACUGCUUUAUGCCCCCCAUCAGCUGUGUGAUGCAAUCUCUUUCCUUUUUUAAUUUAUUCCUUUAUUGUAUUCACUAUUUAUAUUGUGUGUUAAAUAACUGACUUGAAAAACACAUGGUGAUGUCCAACAACUGCUAACAAGAGAAUUACUGUAGCUUUC